AUGCACGUUACGAAAGUCCUCAUCCUGCUUGCAGCCGCGGCCUCCUCGGCCCUCGCCACCUCAACCACGACCAUCAACAUCGUGCACGCGCACUCAUCCACGCCCACACCAACGCCAACGCCAACUCCCACGCCAACACCGACACCGACACCGACACCGACACCGACCCCAUCCCCCAAACCCUCCUCUUCUAUAUCUUCUUCUUCAUCCUUCAUAAUCCGCCCCUCCUCAAGCAGCGUACACCUCAAACCAAGCUCGUCCUCCAUCAUCGUCAAGGCCUCAUCAUCCGCAAGCGUGAAACCCAUUACCUCCGUGGUUGUGGACGCCGCAUCUACUGCGUCUCCUUUUGCCGAAACAUCAGCAUCAGCGUCGUCAUCGUCAUCGUCAUCAACAGGUAGUAGCACCGCGCCAGCCUCCGCUAGUUCGUCUGCCAGUGCCGGUCAGCAGGUUACUGCCGGUACCGGCGCGGUGAUGGCCGGUGUUGUUGCUGUGGCUGGGUUGGUGAUGAUGUAG